GGAUGGAAAGCCCUUUCUGUUCAUUGAUCUAUUGCUCGCGAAUCGUCCCUGAUGCCAGGAAACCCCCCCAACCAGGAAACUCUGUAAGCUGCGGAGAGUUCGGCUUGAGACAUGUUCAGGUUGCGCUUCACCAUUAACCUCCACCAGGGGGCCACAUGGUAGGCUGCAGAGACCCCUCGUUAGUUGAAGAGCAUGUUCUCUCUCCACAAACGGAGGAGCUGGGUCCGUCACAGCUGGAAGGCCAAACACAAAUAGCUUUUCAUGGGGCCCGCAUCCUGUCCUGGUUCACACUGACUUGUUUUAACGAGGUUGUCAUAGUCACCCAAGAUGGAUAAAAAUUUUAAUUCUUUUUCCAUGAUGUAGCUCUAAUAUUGGGCCUGUUCCCUCCCCCCACACACACAUGCUAACACCACGGGGAGGGGCCGAGAAUCAGGCUUCCCCAUUACCCCUUGAGUCCCCAUGACUUAAAUCACAUUCACAGGUAUGCUACAGAGUCAGGCCAUGUUAGUUUAAGUGAAACUGUUUAAAUUAUGGUUAAACAUGUGUAAUAUGUCAGGUAUGUCACUUAUAAAGAUGACUCUCUCUCACACGCACACACACAUACGCGCACACACACCUGUGUGUGGAAGUUUGUGGUCACAGUGCAUCACCACAGACCCGCCCCUCCCCUGGCCACACACAUACACACACACACACACACACACUCUGGUGACACAUUAAUCAGUAUUUACAAACCCCCGGUGGUGGCAGUGAGCCGUAUCCUUUCAAAGCACCGCCUUUAAAGCACUGUGUACCCUUGGGUUAGACGGCUGCUGCUUACUCGAGUCUCCUUGCCCGGUGCUGGUAGUGGCCUGAUUAGCAGGCAUCUUCGGGAACCGGUCUUUCCCGCUGUAUAAACAGGCUCGCCGUCAUCGCAAGCUGAAGAAGGAAGCUCACCGGCCGCCUCUCCCGCUCUAGUCCCGACAAAAGCUCCUGCGACGAUGGCGGCCCGUUCGUUCGUGGACAGUCACGGCAGAAUCAGGCCGCUGUGGAAGGUCGUACAUCCCGAGGAGAAAAACAAGACAGCCUGGCGGCCAUUGAAGACGCCGGAGGAGGGGGCCUGUGUGGGCGUUAAGAUCACCAGCAAAAAAGCUCACGGCAGCAGUUACGGCAACCCCUCCCCGGGCGGGACGGCUCUCCAGGCACCUGGGACCUAUAAGAGUCACCGCAGUGUAAAUGGGAAAAGCUCAGCAUUUCGGCCGCAUCUGCCUCACAAGCCACCAGUGCCCCCUAAGCCGCCGCACCUCCAGAGCCCCGCGACAGAGUCACGCUCACCCCUGGCUCAGGUGAACUCCCUCGGACCCAGGAUGGAGGAGGGGGUGGGACGGCCGGCUGCAGGCAGGGUCCGGGAGAAGCCCUCAAAGGUGUCGAACCUCAUCAGCCAAUUCGAAGAGAACAGCCACACCGAGCUGAAGGAUGCCUCCCUGCUGAAGAGCAGGGCUCCCCGAAGCAGCCCGGCCCACAGGACCGCGCAGAGAGCACAGGAGUCCCGGCAGGGCGACUCGGUGGCCCAGAACCUUGGGCGCGAUGGAGAGAUGCAACCGGCCAACGGGACACUGAUCCAGAUGGACAGGGUUGCCGGAAAGACGUCGCCCGUCGACGGGACGGAGGAGACGGACACCGGCACAGACAAGAUGCUCAACGGGGAUGUACUGUCAGGGCAAGGCGUGACGGAGAGGACAGAGGGAGAAGAGCAUCACGGGGGAGCCAGUCUGAAGGAGCCCAGGAAGGAGUCACCACAGGAGACCAAUGCGCAGAAGCUGUACAACAUAGCCAAUGAGCUGCUGCAGACGGAGAAGGCAUACGUCACACGGCUUAACCUGCUGGACCAGGAGUUCUCCCACAAACUGAUGGAGGAGGCAGAAAAGGGUUCAUUCCCAGUGGAUGUGGUUAAGCACAUCUUCUCCAACAUCUCCUCCAUCCAUCUCUUCCACAGCCAGUUCUUGCUUCCAGCCCUGGAGAAGCGCAUGAGCGAGUGGUCCACCACACCUCGGAUCGGGGACAUCCUCCAGAAGCUGACCCCGUUCCUGAAGAUGUACACGGAGUAUGUGAAGAACUUCGACAAAGCCAUGGAGCUUAUCAAGAUGUGGACGGAGAAGUCGUCCCCAUUCAAGGCUAUCAUCCAGGAGAUCCAGAGCCAGGAGGUGUGUGGCAACCUCACCCUGCAGCACCACAUGCUGGAGCCUGUGCAGAGGGUCCCAAGGUAUGAGCUUCUGCUCAAGGACUACCUGAAGAAGCUCCCACCGGACGCAUCCGACCGCUGCGACGCUGAGAAGUCUUUAGAGAUCAUCGCCACGGCAGCCACGCACUCCAACACGGCCAUCCGCAAAUCCGACAACCUGAAGAAGCUUCUAGAGAUUUAUGUGAUGCUGGGAGAGGAGGAAGACAUCGUCAACGCCACCAACGAGUUCAUUAAGGAAGGUCACAUCCUCAAGCUGGCUGCCAGGAAUACCUCAGCUAUGGAGAGGUACCUUUUUCUGUUCAACAACAUGCUGCUCUACUGUGUGCCGAAAUUCAGCCUGAUGGGACAGAAGUACACCGUCCGCACGCGGAUCGGCAUUGACGGCAUGGAUGUGAAGGAGACGUUUAACGAGGAUUACCCCCACACCUUCCAGGUGUCCGGCAAAGAGAGGACCUUAGAACUCCAAGCCAGCUCUGAGCAGGACAGACAGGACUGGUUACAGGCUUUCAGAGAGACCAUUGACAUCUUCCACCAAAAGAACGAAACGUUCAAGUCAGCCUCCAAAGACACGGAUGAGGUGUCGGCGGCGGAGUUGGGCAAGCGUGCCCCCCGCUGGAUCCGUGACAACGAGGUGACCAUGUGCAUGAAGUGCAGGGAGGCGUUCAACGCGCUGACGCGCCGGCGACAUCACUGCAGGGCCUGCGGCUUUGUCGUCUGCUGGAAGUGCUCAGACUAUAAGGCCCCUCUGGAGUACGAUGGGAGCAAGGUCAACAAAGUCUGCAAGGACUGCUACCGCAUCCUGUUGGGGCACCUAGACGGUGGGGAGCAGACGGAGGCCAAGAAGAAGGGCAUCCUGGAGAUCGAGGCAGCCCAGUUCUCAGGGAGCAGCAUCAUGUGUGGCUUCCUGCAGUACAGCGAGAAGUCCAAGCCCUGGCAGAAGAUGUGGUGUGUCAUUCCCCAGAAGGAGGCGCUGGUGCUCUACUUGUACAGGGCACCGCAGGACGUGAAGGCACAGUCCACCGUCCCUCUACUCGGCUACACGGUGGAGGACUCGCCCCGUCCACCGGACCCCCCCAUCAGCUUUCGACUGACCCAGUCCAAGUCCAUCCACAGCUUCGCCGCCGAGACAGACGAGCUGAAGCAGCGCUGGCUGAGAGUGAUCCGCGUGGCCGUGACGGGGGGGGAACCAGAGCAGGCGCCCCCGCCCAGUAACGGAAGCGUGGCCGAUAGCGUCCAUGAGGGGGGCGGAGAUGGAGUCUGAGAGCCACGACCCCUCCAAGGACAGCCGGAUGGCAGCUGGAUCCCGUCUUUCCUACAACCUCCUUCCAAAUGCAUGGAGGGAUGCCCCCCCCCCCCAACAAAACCCACAUCACUUCCUCCCACCACCCCUGUCUGCGUUCAGCAAUGCUGUCAUACUGUUGCCCUGGAAACAAACUCAUUCAUUUGACACUAGAGAUGGUGGACCACAGGAAGUAUCCUCCCCUUCGGCACAAUGGGGCGGUGGUCGUGGGGUGGUGGUCGUGGGGUGGUGGUGUCUGAGGACUCUUGGCCCCACCUGAGGCUGGUGCUUCUCCACUACAGUGCCUGUCUGACUGAGACAUUUGCAUCCACUCAUAGCUUUGGUGCUGCAGCUGGAAGCUGGGAUAUGCAGAUCACAGGUUCCUGAAGAGGACAGGCGUGUGUGUGUGUGUGUGUGUGUGUGUGUGUGUGGGUGGGUGCUCACUGCCUGUUUUAACGGCACGUGACCCCCCUCCCACAGGAUUUGGAGAGUCAAUGAUGAGACACUGGAUGAGAUUCUUCCCCCCCCGUCACCCCGUGUGUGGUAUGCUCCUCUGCCUUACAGUCCCCUUUAUCGACCGGAGCAUGUUCCACAACGACGUGUGAUAGGGGAUGGUUUUUUCAGAAAAAGUAUAAGGAUGCCUCUAAUCAUGUCCUGCAAUGCCAGCAUCUAAAUAUUAUGUCCAUUUUUAAAGAUUUUUUUAUUAAGAUAAAAAUAAUACUAGAGUACGUAGGGAUGAAGCUUACGAACAGCCAACUGGUCUGCCAAGAAGCUGUGAGGAAUUAUGGGUAAGUUAUGACAGCACAUUUUAUAAGAUGUGAUUUCCACUGAGUUAGUGCUUCUUAAUAAAAAGACACACAAGCUGGGAAAUCACAGCAACAAGUGACUGGAUUAUCAUCAUGUCAAUCACUGGGUCUGCUGCUUUUAAUAAUCAUUUUUAAUUGUGUAGUUGGUUGGGUCCCCCCCCCCCAAGCUGGAACUACAUGUAUAUGUUAUUGGAUAACCAACAUACAUGCUAUCAUAAGAAAUCCUGUUUCAAAUAUGUGGAAAUGCGGGUCAUUUUACGCACAGGGUUUCCAGAUGUGGUUGUGACGUAUAAUAAUUCUGAUAAUAGGACAGAUGCUGCAGCUGAACAGAACACAGGCCAUCUGAUGACAGCUAUGUGAGGAAUCGACAUGUAAAUGUUUCUAAAUACUGUAAUUAUUGUAUUAUUUAAUAUAAUUUAUAGCAUACACGCAUGAAUGGAAAUACAUUGAUGUACAUAGUGUUUUAUUUUAUCCCUGCUCUUCUGCUGUAUCUCCAUAGCAUCCAAUUGUGAGUAUUACGUUAAGUUCAAUUUUUUUUUUUCGUUAUUGUCCAUUUUCCACUUUUUGUCAUUGUCCAUUGAAGCAUUUUUGUUCUAAAAACCCCUUUUUUAAUUAAAAGCUUUUUUGUGGUCUG